AUGGCUCCCACCAACCUUCCCACCAUCCCUGCCAUGAACCGCGACAAGCCUCUUUUCCCCACUGGUACUGCAGAGGGUGAGGCUACCGUCAUUUUCGUCCUGGGUGGUCCUGGUGCUGGCAAGGGCACUCAAUGCAGCAACAUUGUCCGCGACUACAAGUUCAAGCAUCUCUCUGCUGGUGAUUUGCUGCGUGAAGAGCAAGACCGCAAGGGCAGUGACUUUGGCGACCUGAUCAAGGAAUACAUUCGCGACGGCAAGAUCGUUCCCAUGGAAGUCACCAUCCAAUUGCUCGAGAACGCCAUGCAGGCCACCAUCAAGAACGACGGCAUCAACAAGUUUUUGAUUGACGGUUUCCCUCGCAAGAUGGACCAGGCUAUUCAAUUCGAAAAGUCCGUCUGCAAGAGCAACUUCACUCUGUUCUUUGAGUGCACCGAGAAGGUCAUGGAGGAGCGUCUGCUCAACCGUGGCAAGACCAGUGGCAGAGCCGAUGACAACGAAGAGAGCAUCCGCAAGCGUUUCAGAACUUUUGUCGAGACCAGCAUGCCCGUUGUUGACUACUUCGAGAAGGAUGGCCGUGUCGUCAAGAUCCAGGCUGUUCAGACCCCUGACGAGGUCUACGAGCACGUCAAGCUCGGCUUUACUGAGCGUGGUAUCAAGCUCGUCUAG